AUGUCUGUGUUCCUACAAUCAAGAGGUCUCCUCCUCAGGCUUCUUGGAACUUCUCUCACUGGCAUUCUCACCUUCAUCGCCUGUAAAAGACUGAAUGACCAAAAUGCCCUCCAUGCGCAAUACCUCGAGAUCCAAAAUGCGCUUAGUUCAAUCCCAAAUAUCUCUCAAAACCCACCAACCAUAUUUCUCCUUGGCUUCCAUGACCAUGGCAAGAGCUCCCUUGUAAACACAAUGUGUAGGGUCCUCUAUGGAGAAGAAGGUCCCCUUAUUCUUAGAGCUGAGACUGCACCCCAUUGUCUUCUAAGCACCACCUCAAGACACAAACGUGUUAGUGUUAGGAACCCUUUUGGGGGUAACCCUGAAAAUAUUAUUAGCCUAGUUGACACCCCACCUUUGCCGGCUGCCGAUAAGCUGCUGAAAUCCGAUGUGAAAACCCUUCUCAAGGUUGUGCCUGAGAAUCAAAAUCCGGGAGGAGGGAUGUGCCCUGUGCCAGAGUGUGUUGUACUUGUUUUGGGGUCGAAGGAUGUGAUGCUCGGAAAACUUCUUAUGAAAAAGCUUCCGGAAAUCGUUUCCGUUUUGCGAGAAGAAGGUUUACAAUUUGUGGUGGUAUUAACCCACAAGAGGGCUCUAAAGAACAGGAAGGAGGCAGAAUUCCUACAAAAUGAAGUAGCUAGAAGGGCAAGAAGUGACUGUGUGUAUGUGGUGGAGAAUUAUACAGCGAGUGCCAACACUAACAAUCGUCGACCAGUAUCUGUGAAGAAUGAUUUUGACACUCACAAUAAGAUAUUGGCCAUUAUACGCCAAUGCCUGGAGUUUGUUGCCACUUAUAGAAGCACCACCCUGACCUCGAAAGGAGCUUAAUAACACUGAGAGAGUAGAGAACAUUUCUUUGGGAUUAUAUAUUGCACUUUUUUCUUUCUUUCUUCUUCUUUUUUUUUUUUUAAAUGAUGUUAAUAACACAUAGUUGGCACCCAGUCUCAUAUUUAUGGCUGGAAGUAAUUGUGAUCUCGUAUUAUAAGUAAAUAGUCUUACUAUAUACUUGAGUUUUAUUUUA